AUGCAGGCCAUUAAAUGUGUGGUGGUGGGCGAUGGUGCCGUUGGGAAGACGUGUCUGCUCAUAUCGUAUACGACAAACGCUUUCCCCGGAGAAUAUAUCCCGACGGUGUUUGAUAAUUACUCCGCUAAUGUGAUGGUGGAUGGCAAGACCAUCUCGCUAGGGUUAUGGGAUACCGCCGGUCAAGAGGAUUACGAUCGCCUUAGACCCCUCUCCUACCCUCAAACGGACGUCUUCUUGAUCUGCUUCUCCCUCGUCAGCCCACCGAGUUACGAGAACGUCCGAACCAAGUGGUACCCUGAGAUAUCUCACCACGCGCCUCAAACAUCUAUUGUGCUUGUGGGCACUAAAUUGGAUUUGCGUGAAGACCAGACAACGAUUGAGAAGUUAAGGGACCGUCGCAUGGCCCCCAUCCAAUAUUCGCAGGGUGUGGCAAUGUCUAAGGACAUCGGUGCCGUGAAGUAUCUCGAAUGCUCGGCAUUGACGCAGAAGGGAUUGAAGACCGUGUUCGAUGAAGCUAUCAGGGCCGUCUUGAACCCUCCCCCUAAGAAGGAGCCAAGGAGAUCAAAGGGCUGUAUUAUUGCAUGA